AUGGAUGCCCUUCUCGACAGGCUCUCAGAAAGACUGGAACUACCUCGAGGAGCGAGGUUCAUCUUUGGUAUGGAUGGUGACAGAAAGUACAGGCUUGAGGAGUUGGAAGACGGAGCCUCUUACGUUGUGUCAUCUUAUAAGACGUUCAAGAAAAAUUCUUACCUUGCCGUCGCGACGGUACCGAGUGAAAAGAAACAAAUGAAUAAGGCGGCGAGCUACGGCAAAAAGAACGGCAUGUGGUACGGUGGUACCACGACGGGUACCAGUGCCUGGUCACGAGCUGGUACUCGCAAGCAGUCGGUCGCGGAGUCCGACGCUCCUCCUCCAGGCGGCGGCAAGCCAGCCAGUGGCCGCGUAAUCAGGAUCAUCAAUAAUAUGGACCAUUCGAUACAGUGUCGUGUUUUAUUGAAUUUACGCACUACACAACCUUUUGAAGAAGUUUUGGAAGAUUUAGGCCAAGUGCUGAAGAUGAGCGGAGCUAAGAGGAUGUACACAAGCACUGGGCAAGAGGUGCGGAGUUUUUCUCAGCUUCGGAACGAGUUCGCAGAUGUGGAGACGUUUUAUUUGGGCUCUUUGAUUGUGGCUCCCGCCUUGAGUCCUGGUAUCAGCGCCCCGUUACCCAUAGAGUCACCCAUUAGAAGAUCUCGAUCAAGAGGUAACGUGGCGGCUGCGCCGAUGGUUGCGGAAGACAUGCGCGGGAGACGAGCGAGGAGCAAAAGUCGACCGCGGGUAUUAUACGCGCCUGAAGGAGAAAUCGUACGCAAUUCAGAUUACACUUUGUUGGAAGUUUUAAAAGAGGAGCCGAUCAGGGUCACAAUCAGAGGUCUUCGGCGCACAUUCUACCCCCCGAUACACCACGCACCAAUCGAUAACUCACCGCCAGAGAAGAAACUCCAAUUAGAUUGGGUUUACGGCUAUCGUGGAUCGGAUUCGCGUCGCAACUUGUGGGUGUUACCGACUGGCGAGCUGCUGUACUACGUGGCGGCCGUCGCCAUAAUGUAUGACAGGGACGAAGAGUCCCAGCGACACUACACAGGACACACCGAAGACAUACAAUGCAUGGAACUGCAUCCAUCCCGAGAGUUGGUGGCGAGUGGCCAGCGCGCAGGUCGCGGCCGGAGAGCGCAGGCGCAUGUCCGCAUAUGGAGCACCGACACGCUACAGACACUGCAUGUGUUCGGCAUGGCCGAGUUUGAAGCUGGAGUCUCUGCUGUUGCAUUCUCGCAACUUAAUGGAGGCAGUUACGUGCUAGCGGUGGACGCUGGCCGCGAGAGUAUUCUCUCUGUGUGGCAGUGGCAGUGGGGGCAUUUACUAGGAAAAGUUGCGACUUUGCAAGAGGAGCUAACAGGUGCCGCGUUCCAUCCACUUGACGAUAACUUGCUCAUCACUCACGGAAAAGGACAUUUAGCGUUUUGGAAUCGUAGAAAAGAUGGAUUUUUCGAACGCACCGAUAUCAUCAAACCACCAUCGCGCACCCAUGUAACUGCAUUGCAGUUUGAACAAGAUGGUGAUGUUGUAACCGCUGAUAGUGAUGGUUUUAUCACAAUAUACAGUGUCGAUAGUGAUGGAGCUUACUUUGUGCGAAUGGAAUUUGAGGCUCACAUCAAAGGCAUUAGUUCUUUGGUAAUGCUCUCUGAAGGGACUUUAAUAUCAGGAGGAGAAAAGGAUAGGAAAAUAGCUGCAUGGGAUUCUCUUCAAAAUUACAAGAGAAUAACAGAAACGAAGUUGCCUGAGUCUGUAGGUGGUGUUCGGAGUAUCUACCCACAAAGACCUGGCAGAAAUGAUGGUAACAUUUAUGUUGGUACUACACGCAACAAUAUCAUGGAAGGUUCUUUGCAAAGGAGAUUUAACCAGGUGGUGUUUGGACAUCACAAGCAGCUGAUGGGCCUAGCCGUCCAUCCUGAUGAUGAAAUGUUUGCGACGGCUGGACACGACAAAAAUAUUGCUCUAUGGAAGGGUCAUAAACUUGUUUUUGCUACACAGGUUGGAUAUGAGUGUGUAUCUCUGGCGUGGCAUCCUAGUGGAGGCGCCCUGGCUGCAGGCAGCACGGAGGGUCAUCUCGUAGUUCUAAAUGCAGAUGCGGGUGCCCACGUAGCCACAUUACGAGUUUGUGGCUCACCGCUCAGUUGUUUAGCAUAUAAUUCCGCUGGCGACACUCUUGCAAUAGGGUCACAAAACGGUAGCAUUUAUUUGUUCCGUGUGUCCCGUGAUGGGUUUUCAUACAAGAAAUCGAAUAAAAUACGAGGAGCUCAAGCUCUCGUGCAACUUGACUGGAGUUUAGACGGGAAUUACUUACAAACUGUGACUGCGGAUUACGAUCUUGCCUUUUGGGAUAUUAAGUCUUUAUCACCAGAAAAAAGUCCUAUCGCCAUGAAAGAUGUUAAAUGGUCUACUUACAACUCUACUGUUGGAUUCCUUGUAUCAGGAAUGUGGAAUAAUCGAUUCUAUCCCAUGACCACUCUAAUAUCUACGGCAAGUCGAUCUGCAGCUCAUGAUCUCCUUGUAAGUGGUGAUCUGGACGGAUACGUGCGUUUGUUCAGGUAUCCUUGUGCAAGUCCAAAAGCAGAAUACAAUGAAAUGAAGGUAUACAGCGGUGCGAUAUACAGCGCUCGCUUCUUAUUCAAUGAUCGCUGCAUGAUCAGCGCUGGAGGAACUGAUGCUGCCUUAAUGCUGUGGGAUUUGGUGGAUGAUUAGCAUAAAGUGGCGCAGGGUCUACGGCCGCCCGCGGUUGUGGUAGCUCCUCCCACGCCCUCGCCGCCGCCCCACGCGCUUAUCUCUCAUCCCACUUUCAAAGUGCUGGAUUUUGAUGAACUGGAUUGAACCUCUCGAGGAACGUCCAUGGAUUUUACAGAUAUUGUGGUUUUAGCAUUAAAAGCAAUGAAUUUCUAAUUGCAAUGCAAACAUACUUUGAGGAUGGUUAACAAGAUAUAAAUUCUUGUCAGAUAUCCCAGAAAUGUAACGAAACACGACACCUUUAUCAACUUUUAUCACAAAAAAUAUCGAAGAUUACAUGAAAAUUUGUCUAUUAUAUUUUAGUUAAGUAGGUUUACGUGACUCACUGCCAUUUUAAUGUUGCAUAUUAUAAUUAUAGAUGCGUAGUAUUAAUCACGCUACAAUGUUAAGAAAAAUAUAUUGGUCUGUUAAUAAAAAUUUGCACAAAUUAUGAUAUAGGUGAAUGUUGGACAUUUUAU